UUAAAAUAAAAAAUAUAUAUUAAAACCAAAUGCAUAUUAAAAAGUUAAAAACUCGACUAUAAAUCCCAUCCAUUGGUUCUCUCACCAUUCACAUCACCUCUCUCCCUCUCUCUCUCCCCUUCAACAAUGGAGUUAGUGACGACGGUGGCGAGCUGGUUCACUCCCACAACUCUGUUCCUCCUCCUCAACCUCAUGAUCGGAACCCUCUUCAUCGCUUCUCGUUUUGGGUCGGGUCCCAACAAGCACAACCCACCCGUGGACCCGUUCGGAUCGGGUCAUGCCCAUCAUCAUCAUCAUCACAAUCCGUUAGCCAGAGCUCCGUCGCUCAUUGAACGAGUCAAGUCCAUCAAUUUCCACCUCUACAAGUUCCCUUCUCCGGAGACCGACCUCUUCACCACCCACCUCGACGUAACCGGGUCGGAUCCUCACCCGGGCACGGUCCCGCUCGCCCGCGCUCCUUCUCUUCUGGGUCGGGUCAAGUCCAUCAACCUCUCGUACUUCAAGUUCCCCCAGUACCAACCGGAAAACAAUCACGCGCCGAUAACCCGACACGUGGACGAUAACCCGGUUGGAUCGAACCGGGUUGACACGAUUGACCUGUCUCAGUUCAAGAUCCCAGAGUAUGAUGAACAGAGGAUCGGACCCGGAUCCGGACUUGGAUCAGCGGAACCAGUUGACCCGCCACGUCUCGCUCGAGCUCCAUCGCUGUUGGAGCGGGUUAAGUCCAUAAACUUCUCUUCCUUCUACAGAUCCGACCCGACCCACAUGGAACAAGACCCGGUUCCGCCACUACGGAAGUCGGAGGACGAUCACAAGCCGAGGAGGAGCAAGUCGGAGACGAAGAAGCCGGCGAAGAAGGCGCAGAAAAUGACGAAGUCGGCUAGUGAGAAACACGCGGCGGAGGAGACGGCGGAGGCGGUGGAGAGGAGACGGCCGGAGACGGCGAGGUUGGAGAGAUCGACGUCGUUCGGCGACGGAGAAAACAGCGUCGACGCCAAAGCCGCCGAUUUCAUAAACAAGUUCAAGCACCAGCUCAAGUUACAGAGGCUCGAUUCCAUUCUAAAGUACAAGGAGAUGCUCAAAGCCAAAUGAUCUUUACAAUUACGUAUUUACCCCUCACGCCGGAUCGAAUUUUCCCUGCCGUGCCCCUCGCACCGGCGGGAAGCCGAACAGAGAGGUCGAAAUGACGAAUAUCACCCUGAAAGAGAGCGUAACUGUGGAGGGUACUUUGGUCAUUACGUUAUUCGUUCAGUCCGCGUAGAUCUUUCUUUUUUGAAGUAGUAGAAACAGAAAGUAGUUAUGCCAUGUCAGUGGACUGCGUGCGAUAUUCUUGGAUCCGGAACGUAAGAUUCAUGCACUUCGAGUGAAAGGGUAUUAUGGUAAAUCUGAGUUUGCUGUUCCAUAUAUAUGUGCAUAAUAAUUUUUUUUUGGUUA